AUGGCAUCUUACUUAAAUGUCUGUGCUGAGGAAAACCAGCGUCAUUCGUGUAAACUGUGUUUAUUGGACUUUGCUAAAGAUUCAGAAUUAGAGGAACACAUGAGAGUUCAUAGCAGUGAAAAUCCACAUUCGUCUGAAUGCUGUUCAAAGUCAUUCUCUGAAGCUACAAAUCUAAAACAGGAUCAUCGCGAAAAAUUACACUCGUGUGAACACUGUCCUAAGGUGUUUACUGAAGCGUCACGCCUGAGGCGACAUGUGAAAGUAAUCCAUGCCCCAAAAAAACCAUUUUCUUGUGAAUUGUGCUCAAAGUCAUUUCUUUUUGCUUCGGUUUUCAAACGACAUAUGAGCAGCCACACUGGGGAAAAGCCCUAUUCGUGUGAACAUUGCUCAAAGUCAUUUUCCACCUCUAACGCCUUAAAGACACAUUUGAGGGUCCAUACUGGCGAAAAACCGUUUGCAUGUGAGUGCUGUUCUCUGUCGUUUUCUCAACGUACGAGUUUGCUAACGCAUCUGAGAAUCCAUACCGGCGAGAAACCAUACUCGUGUGGGCAGUGCUCAAAGGCGUUUGCUCGACCUUCACAGUUAUAUCGACACAUGAACGUUCAUGAUCAAGUAAAGCAAUUUUCCUGUCAAUAUUGCUCCAGGUCAUUUUUCCAACUUUCGGUUCUCAAACGUCACGUGAGGUGUCAUACUGGCGAAAAACCCUACUCGUGUAAUUACUGCUCGAAGGCAUUUACUCAAUCUACAAGUUUGAGGAGACAUGUGAUGGUUCAUACUGGCGAGAGACCGUAUUCGUGUGAACAGUGCUCAAAGGCAUUUUAUGAUAGUUUUAAAUUGGAGGCACAUUUACGAGUGCAUACUGGCAAAAAACCGUAUUCGUGUGAACAGUGCUCAAAGGCGUUUGCUCAAGCUUCGUAUUUGAAGAGACAUAUGAACGUUCAUGAUCUAGAAAAACCAUUUUCCUGUCCCCAUUGUUGCAAGUCUUUUUCUGAUCUUUCAAGUCUCAACUCACACAUGAGGGUGCAUAAUGGUAUAAGACCCUACUCAUGUGCGUACUGUUCGAAGGCAUUUUCUCGACCUUCAUGUUUGAAGAGACAUGUGAUGGUUCAUACUGGCGAGAAGCCGUAUUCGUGUGAGAAGUGCUCAAAGGCAUUUUCUGAACGUUCAAAAUUGGAGGCACAUUUAAGAGUGCAUUCUGGCGAAAAACCGUAUUCGGCAAGAAACCCUUUUCGUGUGAACAAUGCUUAAAGGCGUUUUCUCAAGCUUCACAAUUG